CCGCGGCUACUCUUCCCCACCCCCCUUCUACCCGCCGGACAGCGAAGCGUGAGGCGAAAACUGGCGAACGGGCCUCGCGACGGACGGCCGAGCUCGCGCCUCGCCUCCCCUCAGCGCAGCGGCCUCGCCCUGGCCUCCUCUCCCUGGCGCGCGCGUGCCGCGACACGCAGAAAAUGAAGUCCUAUCAGAAGCUGACAGCAGACGUCCCCCAGAUCACAGAAUCCGGAGAAGAGGCUGCUGAUGAGAAACCGCUGUGUCAUCAGAAGUUGUCCGCUUGGUGGUUGGGUGGGGGCCUCCUGACUGUGGCUGCCCUGCUUAGCGGGGUGACCGUCUGGGUUCUCGGGCAGAUCUGGUGGGGUCAGCACGGAACGCCGCCCCUGGCCAAGUGCGUCUCCAUCCCGGAAAGCCUCCGUUUUGACUGUUUCCCGGAGAGAAACACAGUCGUGACACAGGAGCUGUGCGAGGCCCGGGGAUGCUGCUUCGUCGAUGGUGAUUGGCCUUCAAGCAGCACCAGGGGGGUACCCUGGUGCUUCUACCCGCCCGACUUCCCCAGCUACACCUUGGGCAGCCUGAAUGAGACUGAGCUGGGAGUGCGAGGUUUUCUGACCAGGAAGGCAAAGACCUAUUACCCAAGAGACGUUGAGAAGCUGCAGCUCAGCGUGGAGUUUGAAACAGAUGCCCGGCUGCAUGUCAAGAUCACUGAUGCCACAAAGUCUCGAUACGAAGUGCCCCUUGAUGUUCCUCCAGCAACCAAGAGAGCGGAAAAUCCAUUGUACGCCAUUGAGUUCUCCAAGGAGCCCUUUGGGUUGAUAGUGAAGCGGAAAUCUUCGGGGACCGUGCUGUUGAACACAACAGUGGCUCCCUUGUUCUUUGCUGACCAGUUCCUGCAGAUUUCUACAGUCCUUCCAUCCACAUUCAUCUAUGGACUGGGAGAACAUCGAAGCAACUUCUUGCAUAGUCUGGAGUGGAACACCCUGACCUUCUGGGCCCGAGACGUCCCUCCUACGGAGUCCUACAAUCUCUAUGGCGUCCACCCCUUUUACCUUGCCAUGGAGAGAGAUGGAGCUUCCCAUGGGGUAUUCCUCAUGAACAGCAACGCAAUGGAGGUGGUGCUGCAGCCCGCACCCGCCCUCACCUGGAGACCCAUUGGAGGAAUUCUGGAUUUCUACAUCUUCCUAGGCCCAGACCCCAACUUGGUGGUCCAUCAGUACCAGCAGGUGAUUGGUUUCCCUGCCAUGCCUCCCUUUUGGGGAUUGGGUUUCCAUCUCUGCCGCUGGGGCUAUGGAACAAGCAACGAGACCUGGGAGACCGUCAAGGCCAUGAGGAAUUUUCAGAUCCCGCAGGCCGCCCAGUGGAAUGAUAUUGACUACAUGGAUGGCUAUCGAGACUUCACCAUCGACUCCCAGAAGUUUGGCACUCUCCCCCAGUUAGUGGAAGACCUUCACAAACACGGGCAGCGCUACGUGAUGAUUCUGGACGCAGGAAUCAGCAGCACCCAACCUCCAGGCUCUUACUGGCCUUACGAUGAAGGCUUGAAGCGUGGAAUAUUCAUCAACAGCACCCAAGGAAAACCUCUGAUCGGGAAGGUCUGGCCUGGCCUCACCGCUUUCCCCGACUUCUCUAACCUAAACACUCACCAGUGGUGGCUGGAAAACCUGGACAGAUUCCACUCCCUCGUCCCCUUCGAUGGCGUUUGGAUUGACAUGAAUGAACCUUCGAACUUUGUGGAUGGCUCCACCGCAGGCUGUUCCCAGGAGGAGCUGGAUAAACCCCCAUACGUGCCCGCCGUACUGGGAAAUUCCCUUUCCUCCAAGACCAUCUGUGCCUCCUCCAGGCAGAACUCAUCUGUGCACUACAACCUCCAUAACCUCUAUGGGCUGAUGGAAGCCAAGGCUACUGCUAGCGCACUAGUCAAGAUCCGAGGGAAGCGGCCUUUUGUCAUCUCCCGCUCCUCCUUCCCCAGCCAGGGCAGGUAUUCGGGGCACUGGCUUGGCGACAACAGGAGCGAGUGGAAGGAUAUGGUCUGCUCCAUCCCAGGGGUGCUCAGCUUCAGCCUCUUUGGGAUCCCGUUGGUCGGGGCAGACAUCUGCGGCUUCUCGGGCUCCACCUCGGAGGAGCUUUGCACUCGCUGGAUGCAGUUGGGAGCCUUCUACCCCUUUUCACGAAACCACAACACCCAGGAUGUGAAGGCCCAGGAUCCCUCCGCCUUCAGCCCUGCCGCACGAACUGCCAUGAAGAUAGCGCUAGAGGUCCGCUAUGCCCUCCUGCCGUACCUCUACUCCCUCUUCCACCGGGCUCACCUGCAAGGGGACACCGUGGCCCGGCCUCUCUUCUUCGAGUUCCCGAAGGAUGUGGCCACUUACUCCAUUGACAGGCAGUUCCUCUGGGGGCGGGGCCUGCUGGUGUCUCCGGUGCUGGAGCCUGGCGUGAAUUCGGUGAUCGGCUAUUUUCCCCGAGGCUUGUGGUAUGACUACUACACGGGCUCUUCAGUAAACAGCAGCGGGGAGAACCUGAAGAUGGCCGCACCUCUGGACCACAUCAACGUGCACGUGCGGGAGGGGACCAUCCUGCCAACUCAGAAACCUGGAGUCAACACAUCGGUGGGCAGUGGGAACGCUCUUCACCUGAUUGCGGCCCUGUCGCAGAACGCCAAUGCCUGGGGAGACCUUUACUGGGACGACGGCGAGAGCCUGGACACGUUUGCCAAGGGCGACUAUUCUUACUUAGUGUUCAACGUCACACAGAACACGUUCACUUCCACUGUCCUGCAUUCCAACACAGGAGCCACAUACGUCACAGUGGAUGCGCUGAGUGUCUACGGGGUCCGAGAAGAGCCAAAGACAGUCACUGUCAAUGGCAGGGAGAGACCUUUUAGCUAUCUGACAAACCAGGUUCUGACUGUGAGUGACCUCCAGCUCAACCUCAGCCGCGGAUUCAGCAUACACUGGAUGUGAGACUGGCAGAGUUCCCUCCGCCCCAGCCGCCUGAAUGUACUGUUUCCAGCAGGCGGGUCUGUCGCCCGUCCAGGCACUCCGGAUGGGGGCCGCACACCCCUAGGAGAGUCUCCGCGGCCCCGAGCCUCGCGCUCUCUUCUUCGUGUCUCCUCAGGAAAAGGACUCCCUGCUGCUUCAGCUUUUACUGCAUUUCUGCCAAAAAACAAAAACGAAAAACGAAAACCAAGCCCCGU